UUCUAAGUUUGUAGUCGUGUUUGCGCAGUUUCGGCCGAUGUUGGACGUAUGAGUUUUAGUUACAGUUCCUGUAAAUUUUAUAGUGUCACUAUUAACACAGCACGUCGAUGAAAUAGUAUGGCCACUAAGGUCUCUGUGCACAAUACAGUUGUUGAACGGCGGCUAAGACCAAUUUAUGACUGGCUUGACAACGGCAACAACAAGAAAGCCCUGCAGGAGGCGGACAAGGUACUGAAGAAGCAGCCGCAGUCGCAGUGUGCCAAGGUGCUGAAGGCGCUGGCGCUGCUGCGGCUCGGCAAGGAGGACGAGUGCGCGGCCCUGCUGGAGAGCGUGCGCGCGGAGUCGCCCGUCAACGAGGCCACGCUGCAGGCCAUGACCAUCUGCUACAAGGAGAUGCACAAACCGGACAAGAUCUGCAGCGUGUACGAGGCGGCGGUGAAGCAGGAGCCGUGCAGCGAGGAGCUGCUCACGCACCUCUUCAUGGCGUACGUGCGCGUCGGGGACUACAAGCGCCAGCAGCAGGCGGCGCUCGCCGUGUACAAGCUGUGCCCCAAGAACCCGUACUACUUCUGGGCGGUGAUGAGCGUGGUGAUGCAGGCGCACGAGGCGGACGCGCGGCUGGCGCGCACCGUGGUGCUGCCCCUGGCGGAGCGCAUGGUGCGCCGGUUUGCCGACGACGGCAAGAUGGAGGCGGAGCAGGAGGUUCUGCUGUACCUCAUGAUCCUCACCACGCAGGACAAGUACCAGGAGGCGCUGGACGUGCUGGAGGGCCCGCUCGGGGAGAAGCUGGUCUCCUACGUGUUCGUGCCCGUCAAGAAGGGCUCCCUGCUCAUGAAGCUGGGCCGCUGGCGGGAUGCCAACGUGCUCUUCAAGUCCCUGCUGCGCAGCGACAUGGACGGCUGGGCCUACUACCGCGACUACUUCACGUCGGCCCUGGAGCUGUGGGGGGCGGGGGCGGGCGACCGGGACGAGGCGGGCGAGGCCGACUGCUCCCCCGAGAUGUGCCGUGCCUUCCUGCGCGAGCUGCAGGCGGCCAACGAGCGGCUGGAGCGCCGGCUGCGCGGCCCGUACCUCGCGCAGCUCGAGCUGUUCAAGCGCCUGAGGGAGCGCGGCCAGGACCCGGAGUCCCUCCUGGGCAGCGUGGUGGACCUGCUCAUGAGCUACUUCGCCCAGUUCGGCUGCAAGCCGUGCUGCGUGUCGGACCUGCGGCCGUUCCUGCCGCUGCUGUCGGCCGCGCAGAGCCACGGCUUCUUGGAGCUGGUGCGCGCGCAGGCGGGCGACGCUGAGCCGCAGUCCGUGAGGGAGCUGCAGACCCACGUGUCGAGCGUGCAGCUGCAGCGCUGCGUGGGCCACCACGCGGAGAUGAGCGUCCCGGACAAGCGCGCGCUGGCCGCCCGACUGGCGGCUCGCUACCGCAGCGGCCUCGACCUCGGCACGGCCGCGCAGAGCACAGAGUUCCUGUGCUGCGACCCGUACGCGCUGCUGACGGCCCAGCUGCUCAGCGACCUGUGGGGCGACACGGGCGACAGCAGCUACCUGGUGCAGGCGGCAGCCCUGCUGGAGCAGGCGCUCGCGCUCAGUCCUGCCAACUACUACGCCAAGCUGCAGCUGCUGCGCCUCUACCUGCUGCUGGGCGGCGGGGAGGCGGCAGUGGGCGUGUACGACAGCCUGGACGUGAAGCACAUGCAGCUGGACUCGCUGGGAUGGCUGCUGUGCGCGCACAUAGUGGAGACGGGCGUGCUCUCCUGCACGGGUGCCAUCUACGACUCCACGCUCAAGUUCUUCUCCAACAACUACAAGGACGGCGUGGACCACCUGACCUACUCGUACAAGUUCGGGUCGUUCAUGAAGCUGCACGAGUUCAUCCAGUUCCAGGAGCGCCUGAACAACUCACUGCACUACGCCACCGUCACGGUGGACAAGAUGCUGCUGGAGGUGCUGAGCGCGCCCUCGCACGCCCACACGCUGCAGGUGGUGUCGGACAUGGAGCUGUGCCCCGAGGAGGACGCCACGGCCUGGGACAAGCUGCGAGACAACCGCGACCUCAUGGUGGGCUGCUGCUGGGAGCCCCCGCCCGGGCAGGUGACGGAGCAGGUGAAGGCGGACAGCUUCGCGGAGGGCAUGUCGUACCUGCGACUACGCACGCUGCUGCUGCGCUGCGUGGGCGCGGCGGUGGCGCUGGCACGGCCGGCCCGGCCACGACCCCGGCGCGGCGUGAACGGGGAGCAGCGCGAGUCCGGCGGCGCGGUGCUGGCGAGCGUGGCUGAGGAACUGUGCGUGCUCGGCGAGGCGCAGGCGGCGAGCACGCCCCAGCCACGGCCCCCUCAGAGCGUGCUGAGCGCGCCGCUCCCGUGCCGGCUGCGCGCCGGGACGUGCUGCCGGGUGGUGGUGCGGCUGGCGCGGCUGCUGUGCGCGGCGCUGGCCGAUGGCGAGGAGCAGGACCCCGCGUCGCGGCAGGACGCGGACGGCGUGCGGCAGCUGGUGGAGGCCGCCGUGUCGGAGCUGGCCGGCCGCGCGCAGGCCGUGCUGGCGGGCGGCGUGCCCUCGCUCGCGCGGCGCAGGACCCUGCUGCAGGACGUCACCGCGACCACCGAGGUGCUAGGUCCUAGAACACUCACGCUGCAGCUUAAUACAUACAUACCUGUUCACAGGAUGUACAUUUCUGGUGUUUUUUUUGUGAUGAAAAUGGUUUUUUUUACUUUUAUCCAGUGGAUGUCUGUUAUAUAUACUGCGUUGGGAGACUGAAGUUAUUGUAUUUGUUCAUUAAUGUAUUUAGGAGUCAACCAAUUUUUCUACAAAAUCAACUACAAUUAUGGCGUGCACUCACUACCUGUGAGUUAUAAUUAAUAUGCGUAAAAGGAAAAUGUAAGGUCUCACAA